CUUGGGUUCACGCGCCCACAUGCGUCUUUCUCGUGUCUGAUCUGGAUUUAGAUCAAAAGAAUCUCUCUCUUUCUCCUUCUCUCCUAUGAACAAAAAAAACAAUACACAAGACACGAAGCUGAGAGUGGACAAUGCUUCAAGCUACGGAGUAAAAAGACAUCAUUCUCUUUCUUGCGCAGCAAGUUAAAGGUUAAGAUCCUGAUCCAGUUGCUGACUUGACCCGACACGAAAGUUGAGAUUUUGAUCCGGUUUCUGAUUGACGCAUCUGGAAAAGGUUAGGUUUUUGAUCUGAAAAUGGAGGGCAUUGAUGUUUCCAAGUACACACACAGCUCUGUGCACAGAGCCGUUGCUUCAAGAGACCACACGACUCUCAGAUCAAUCCUCUCUUCCCUCCCAACCCCACGAGACCCUUCCGAGAUCCAAUCAGAAGCAGACUCCUUAUCCGAGGAAGCUACAUCCGACGCCAUCUCCUCCGUUAUCGACAGAAGAGACGUGCCACGCCGCGACACGCCUCUCCAUUUAGCUGUGAAGCUCUGUGAUGCAACAGCAGCCGAGAUGCUGAUGGUGGCCGGAGCUGAUUGGACUCUGCAGAACGAAGAUGGCUGGAACGCGUUGCAAGAAGCUGUCUGCAGCAGACAAGAGUCUAUUGCCAUGAUCAUCGUGCGUCAUUACCAGCCUCUAGCGUGGGCUAAAUGGUGUAGGAGGCUGCCUCGUUUGGUAGCAACGAUGAGGAAGAUGAAAGACUUUUACUUGGAGAUGAGUUUUCAUUUUGAGAGCUCUGUUGUGCCUUUUGUAUCAAAAGUUGCUCCUUCUGAUACUUACAAGGUGUGGAAAGUGGGGUCUAAUCUGAGAGCGGAUAUGACGAUGGCUGGGUUCGAUGGUUUCAAGAUUCAGAGGUCUGAUCAGAGUAUAUUGUUUCUUGGUGAUGGGUCUGGAGAUGGUAAGGUUCCUCGUGGGUCGCUUUACAUGGUGAAUCAUAAGGAUAAACAAGUGAUGAAUGCGUUGGAUGGUGCGUCUAGUGUUGCCUCGGAUGAAGAUGUUAAGAAAGAGGUGGCUGCCAUGUGUAGAAGCAAUAUCUUUAGACCAGGGAUCGAUGUGACGCAAGCGGUUUUGAAUCAGCAGAUGAACUGGAGGAGGCAGGAGAAGAGUGAGAUGGUUGGUCCUUGGAAAGCUAAGGUUUAUGAGAUGAACAAUGUGGUUGUUAGUAUUAAGUCUAGAAAAGUUCCUGGUGAUAAAGACAACGGUGGUGGUGAUGAUGAUCUCUGCGAUGUGUUAACGGAUGAAGAGCAGAAGCAACUAGAGGCUGCUCUUAAGCUGGACUUACCAGAGUUCCCAAAUGUCAAUAGUGAGAAUGGUUUUGAUUCUAGUCCUUCUAACAAGAAAGCGGAAAAGAAAGGGUGGUUGGGAGGUUGGAGAAAGAAAGAGACGACAAUGAUUAAGCAGGAGAAGGAAAUUAAGUAUGCACCUCCGAGAAGCUCUCUAUGUGUGAAUGAGAAGGUGAGCAAUCUUCUAGGAGAUACUAAUCAGAUAAAACCAGGAAGACACUCAGUAGAUAAUGAGCAUAUGAGGAAGGCAAGAGUAUCAUCAUCAUCAUCAUCAUCAGCGACGAGUAAGAGUUGUCACCAAGAGAGCGAAUACAAGAAAGGUUUACGUCCUGUACUCUGGCUAUCUACAAGCUUCCCGUUGCAGACAGAAGAGCUGCUUCCUUUGCUUGACAUACUCGCUAACAAAGUCAAGGCUAUUCGUCGUCUCAGGGAGCUUCUUACCACAAAGCUUCCCGCAGGGACAUUUCCAGUAAAGGUAGCUAUUCCAGUGGUACCGACGAUAAAAGUGCUCGUGACAUUCACAAAGUUUGAAGAGCUUGAUCCUGCAGAUGAGUUUAAGACACCUCCCUCAAGUCCUACUGCUUCUUCUGGAUAUGAGAGUCCAGCUGCUGCAACUGACUUCACCAACUCAUCGUCGUCUUCGUGGUUUCGUAGAGCGAGAUCAAACAAAGAUGGUUCGAGCAGCAAGUCUCAAACUAUGCAAGACCCAUUUGCUAUCCCGGCAGGUUAUACAUGGGUGAGUGCUGAAUCAAAGAAAAAGAAACCAGAGACACAGAAAGUCAAAAAGGGUAAAAAGACAGAGCAAGUUAGCUAACAUUGCUCCCCGAGUCUUCUUGAAACAGUUUAAUACUAACCUACUACUACACAGACAGAUUGGUUAUGAAAAGACAUUGAAGAGAAAGGGUUAUGCUUUUUUUAUUGGAUGGGAGGGACUCUGACUUUGCAAUCUGCAAAGAGAAAGUCUAUAACAAAACUCUGAUGGUGAUGCGAUUUGAUUCAACUUUUGAUUCUUUUGUAACAUAACUCAUAAAAUUUGCAAUGAAAUUGGUUUCUUUUUUGGAAUGGCUUUCUUCCUUUUUUUUUUUUGUUAAAAUGUAUGUUGCUGAGACCUGCAACUACGAUCAAAUGUUUAAAUUUUGUUUGUCAUAAUAUUUUGCUGACUAGUUAGUUGCAGCGACUUUUGUAGAAAAUUUUCAGGCAUAUAAAUAAAUGAAC